CAAAAUUCGCAAAUGAAAAUAAAAAUGAUUGGGAUGAUUUUCUACCAUCCACCUUAUUUAGAAAUGCUACAUUGCUGAUCGAAUUCCAAGUACAAAUGUCAGAUAUGCAAAAUGUAACAUUAGAUGAACAAGAAGAUUUAAUUAAUUGUAUAUGA